AUGGGACUUAUUAAACAACAAGCAGCAGUAACUGCGUUAAUAAUAGCACAAGCACACUGCAAAGAUGAACCUACAAAACAAGCAUUAUAUGAAAAACACAAAGAAUUUUUAGAAUCUCAAUUAGAAAAAGUGGAAGAAAUGCAUGAUGACAAAGAAAUUCAAGGAAGAAUUUACAGAGAUGUCAUCAAGGCAAGAAAAAAGGAAAAACCACAAAUACUACUACCCAAUCCAAAAGGAAAAAACGACGUAUUCUUAAAUGAAAGGCUAUUACAAGCCUCUAGAAGGAAUGAUGAUAUUCCUCAAGGAGUAUUACCAAAAGUAACAAAAUUCUUCGAAGACAUAGUACAAGGAAUUAAAAAUAAAUUCACAUCUAGACCAACAACACCUUCACCAUUGAGUCAACAUACUUUAAGUAGAACACCUACACCUACUAUUGAAAUUAGUACCAAUACACCUAAUCGAAAAAGAAAUGAAAGAGGUUAUACACCAUCACCAGAUCCUUAUGAGAGAAAACAACAAAGAUAUAAAAGUCCAAGUCUUAGCUCAAAACAUACAGACCAAAUUUCUAAUAAAGAAAUAGAAAUACCAUAUUAUAAUAAUGUACACAAUGAGGGACAAUCCUCAACUUAUAGACCAGUACAUGGUACCUUUAGAGGACAGACAUAUACUACAUAUGUACCUGAAACAAAAGAAAAGAUAUUCAGUAACAAAAAAACAAUCAUACCUCACAUGACACUAAUGAGUAUUAAAAUAUUAAAUUCCCAAGAAAACAGAAUAGUAGGGACCCCUAUACAAUUAGCAGCCAAAGGGUUAGCUAUACAACAAGGACGACCUAAUAGAAACUACAUUUUAGCAAUGAAUAUUGGAGAAACUGAAAAAGAACGAAUAAAAAUAUUACAAGAAAGAUGUGGAAAUAAAGUGUGGAAAAUACUUGGAGAUGAAAUGGAAACUUCUAUAAAUAAUAACGUCAUCUCUGAUAUUCAAUUUAUAUUGAAUAAAAAAGAACACGAAAUUCCUGAUAAUGAUAAAAAUCAAGGAAUAAGAAAAUAUACUAUAGAAAAAGAAAGAAUUAUUAAAGAAUUAUGUGAAGAUUUAGAAAAAAAUGAUGUUAUAUAUCCUGGAUAUAGCAAAUGGGCAAGUAAUGUGCAAAUAAUAACCAAAAAAGAUGGAAGAAAAGCUAUAGUAAUAGACUAUAGAAGAUUAAAUAAACAUCUAGUAAAAUUUAAACAACUAUUACCAAAUAUAAUGCAAUUCCUACAAGACAUUAGUAGAUAUAAAUACUAUACGACGAUGAAUUUAAAAUCGGCAUAUUGGCAACUGAAUGUAUACCCAAAAUCACAAAAAUACACAGCAAAUCCAGAUACUGGAGUUCACACAAAUACUGUUGAAGAAAUGUGGAAUGGAAUAAAUAUCAGAAUACCUGCCAGAAAUAGAACUAAAGAUAAGAUACAAUCAUAUCUGCUAGAAUUUAUUUGGAAACGCCAAAACAAUGAUGAUUUAUGGGAAAACAU